CAUGAGUUAGGAUUCCGCAUCGUUGGGAAACGUAAGAAGUAUAAAUCAGUCUUUUUAAAACUCAAGGAAGUUCUCUCAAUGAACUUGGCACGACGUUCAGCUGUCAAUGGGCGUUUUCCUUGGGGCGACUAUGUGGCCUUGUCAUAUACCUGGGGAAAUACCGACGAAACUAGCGAGAUCGUCGUUAAUGGGAAGCCUGUCAAAGUACGGCCGAAUCUAGAAUGCGCACUAAGAGUAUUGAGAGAAAAAGGUCCGAUCCGAGCUGGGAUGAAAGUCUGGAUAGAUGCACUGUGUCUUAACCAGAUGGACACGAAUGAGAAGAACGCACAAGUGCCUCGAAUGAGAGAGAUCUAUCAGAGAGCUCUCAAUGUCGUGGUAUGGCUGGGGCCGGAGAAUCCUCUUCUCUGGCACUCCCAAAUAGAUUGUGAACAGGGCUCCUUACAAAACUGCUGGGAAGGCAUGCGUUCCCUCAUGCUAACGCAGUACUGGAAGCGAGUCUGGAUCGUUCAAGAGCUUGCU